CUUAAUUCGCCUUUGUGUUUCUCGCGUGCAGACGUGAUUCGUCGUUCUCCGCCGAUUUUCUGUAAAUUUUAAACAUAAUAAAGUGCUUAAAUAAGUCUAAACGAAAGUGUGUGUUUAUUAAAGCACAAAUGCAGUCAACUACAGUGAAGCCCGGGCAAUGGAUGUUGGCAAUGCAUGCGCUCAGAACGAAAACGAAUAGAAUGUCCGCGCACAAAUAACACUAGCACAAUCACAGUGAACACUGCCGCAGCACACAGCCAAACACAAACACUCAAACAAACAAACUUUACCCGCUCAAAACAGUUGAAAAAACGUUCAAAAAUCAAACAAUCAAAACACUAAGCAUUAAAAAGUCUCCGUAGAACUUGUGUAGUUUCCACCAGAAAUCCAACAACCCAAAAUAAAACAACAUGUUUAAUUUUCAUAAGCCGCGCGUUUAUCGCUCCGCAGAUGGAUGCUGCAUUUGCCGGGCUAAAUCGAGCAGUUCCCGAUUUACGGCCUCCCGGAAAUAUGAGAAGGAGUCGAUGCAGUGCUUCAAUCUCCACGAGCCACGAAACGGCGAGAUCUGCAACGCCUGCGUCCUUUUGGUCAAGCGGUACAAGCGACUUCCCGUCGGAAGCAAGCGCCACUGGGGUCAUGUGGUUGAUGCCCGUGCUGGACCCGGAACCAAAUCCCUGGCGAAACAGAAGAAGCGUGACAACGCAGAGGCGGAGGGCAAGGCCAGCGGCAACUCAUCAUUUUUGCCCGAAAAGUUUGCCAAGAUCUUUAAGAAAAAUCGCAAAGGCAAGAUCACAGCGGCAGCGGCGACACAAUCAGUAGCAGCUACAUCCGUUUCCAGUACUAAUCGUCCCAGCAGCACUUCACCUACCUCCGAGCAUCAGCCCAGCGAUUCAAACGAGAGCUACGAUGAUGAACAUAUGUCAGGAUCCUUUGGAGCUUCUGGAGCUCCCUAUCAAACACGCAAGCGGACUGCGGCCGCAGCAUUGGCCAUUUCUGGCACCCCGGAGGUCAGCAAAAGACCCAAGCUGACUGGGAGCAAGCGACGUCGCCAAUUGCCACCGCAAAAACAUCGGCGGGCCGUCGAUAAUGUGCCCUUUUUCGAGGACAGCGAUCUCUUACGCCUGGAGGUCUGUUGCGGUGUUGUCUUCCAAAGUUUAUCCCUCGGCAGCUGCUGCUACAUAAUAGAUCCAGAGCUGUACAAACCCUGCGAGAAGCACCAGCGUCUGCGGCACCAGCAGUUUCAGCUCCAGCAGCAGCAGAACAAUCAAGAGCAGCAAAUGGAGGCCAUGCCCAUUUCUAUACCACCGCCAACGACUCAAGUUCAAAGCCAGGGACCAAAGAUUGGGCCCUUCAAGAAGCACCAUUUGUACUUCAAGCGACAAUCGGAGUUAUUUCCGCAGGGUGAUAUCCAUAGAAUAAGUCCAAUUCCAUUGAGCAAGACUGAAACGAACAGCCAGCAGCAGCCACAUUCCAAUCUGUCGCUGAUCCUCAAGUCCAAUCCUAUUGCCCAAUCGCAAUCCCAAGUGGUUUCCGUGGGCGCCGCUUCACCCUCGUCACUGUCCUCCUCAUCCAACUGCUCCACUUCAUCCUCAGUGGCCACCAAGUUCAACGACAACUCAUCGGAUUCGGGGUUCGAUGAGCAUGUGCUGGAGCGCAAGUCUGUUAGUCCACCAACGCAGGAUGAGUGGAAACUGCGUGGAGCAACUGGGGGCAUGCAGCUGAUCCUGGCCAGCGGGCUGCCACUGGCUGGUCAACCGCAAAAUCUGGUGCUAGCGGGGAACGAGUUUACGGCACGGAUUGUGCAGCAAAGGGAAUCUGGUGGGGCACCUCUCAAAAUCAACGUACUAGGCGGAUCUCAGGGAAAUGGCAAUAAAUUGCGUGCAAUAUUCAAUAGCGCCAGCAGCAUUCAGCAUGAGAACGGAGUGACCACCAUUUUGCCAGCCUCCUCACUGGCGGCCACCAACCAAACGGCUGCCAUGAAUGCCAUUGCGCCCAGCACGGUGACCAUAACGCCAUCAACCGUGGGCAAGAAGGUGACGGCGGUGCCAAAUCCCAAGUUCAUACUGGUGAAGCCCGCCAAAUUCGUGGGCCAAACGGCGUCGACGACGACGGAGCCACCUGUUCCUCCUCCUCCAGAAGCCAAAAUCUUAUAAGCGAAACGAAAAAGAAAGAGAGAGAUAGAUAGGAGAUGCCAAGCGUCUCGCAGGGAUUUCCCAAGACCCUGUUACAAUUGUUAUACACCCAAGCUCCCUUUAAUUUUUUUGUAUUCAUCAUUUUUUAUCUCAAAGUUUAUAUUUAAUCUAAGAUGUGCCCCAAGGCAGUGAAUUUUGUAUAUAUACAACGCAAAUUACUUGUAUCCAUCUCCCCACCCCCUACAAACAUUAUUUUGUAGAAUACUCAGCCGAAGCAGCAGCUCCCAUAUCAUUAUAGAGUAAUAUUUAACAUUUCGUAAAAAACACCUUAUAUCUUAGAAGUUAGUUUAUGUACAUACGAUUUAAGCCAGCCUAAUGACUUGUUUUUGUCUAGUUGCCCAACUUAGUCAUCGUCUGCAAUCCUUACAUUACCAUGUUAAGCUGAAUAAAACGGAUAAUCGAAA